CCGGAAUGGCAUAUGUUUUUAAAGUGUGUGCCACACAUUGUGUGGGUCAUCCUUCUAGGCUCGUCACCCCCGUUGCCCCUCUACCACCGCUGGUCGCCGGUCCUCGAUGACCUCCGGCCUGUCAGUCUGCACCGAGAAGCCGCUCAAGCACCAUCAGCAUCCGCGUCUCUCUCGCCGCGUUCUCCCGAGGAGAGAAAAAGAGUGUCGGAGAGGGACAAAGAAGGGUGACAGAGGGAAAGGACGGGAGUCUCUCGUAUAGCUGUUCGAAUACCAGAAGUACACGGGAACCCUUAAGAACGAGGAAGGCGAGGCGGGGGCAGCGGUGGACCUGAUCUGUCCGCUGUCACAAUGGCAAGGUGGUUGCUGAUCAUUUCGUUGGCCGGUCUUCUGGUCCACGAGGCGCGAAACGAGAUCCUUACGCCGCCGUACUUUAAUCUCGCCGAGGGUAAAGAAAUCGUCGCGUCGGCCACGUGUGGCGUCGACACCCCCGGCCCGGAGCUCUACUGCAAGCUCGUAGGCGCGAACGCCGAUCAGCACGAGGACAUUAAUCUGAUACAGGGUCAGGUAUGCGAUUUCUGCGACUCGGAAAACCCGGAGAAAACGCAUCCGCCGGAGUUUGCGGUCGACGGUAUGGAAACCUGGUGGCAAUCGCCUCCACUUUCCAGGGGUAUGAAGUACAACGAGGUGAAUCUGACGAUCAACCUGGGACAAGAAUUCCACGUGGCGUACGUCUACGUGAAAAUGGCAAACUCGCCGAGGCCAGGGCUUUGGAUUCUCGAGAAAUCGAAGGACUACGGGAAAACUUGGUCCCCUUGGCAAUACUUCUCCGACACCGCGAACGAUUGUCUGACUUACUUCGGCGUGGACAGCUACAAACCCAUAACCAGGGACGACAGCGUGAUCUGCACCACGGAGUAUUCCCAAAUCGUGCCGCUGGAAGGCGGCGAGAUACCGAUUUCGAUUUUGAACAACCGUCCCUCCGCGAAGAACUACUUCAACUCGACUGCAUUGCAAGAGUGGACCAGAGCGACGAACGUUCGUAUCCGUUUCUUGAGGACGAAGAACCUGUUGGGGCACCUGAUGUCGUUGAUGACGGAGGAUCCGACGGUGACCAGAAGGUACUUCUACUCGAUCAAAGACAUCAGCAUCGGUGGUCGAUGCAUGUGCAACGGCCACGCGGACACCUGCGACGUGUUGGACCCCAAGUUACCCAAGAAGCUGUUCUGCAGAUGCCAGCAUAACACCUGUGGCCCUCAGUGCGCGACCUGUUGCAAAGGGUUCGAGCAAAAGAAAUGGCGACAGUCCACGACAGCUAAGAAGUUCACGUGUGAACCUUGCAACUGUUUCGGCCACGCGGACGAGUGCAAGUACGACCCGGAAAUCGACGAGAACCACCUGUCUCUGGACAUUCGCGGCAACUACGAGGGUGGCGGCGUGUGUCAGAACUGUCGCGAUAACACCGAGGGGGUGAACUGCAAUCGCUGCAAGUCACGAUUCUACAGACCGCGGGACAAGCCUCUAAAUGUGACCGACGUCUGCCAACCCUGCAAUUGCGACAUGUUUUACUCGACCGGAAACUGCGCGGACGCCACGGGCAAAUGCGAGUGUCGCAAGGAGUACAGCCCUCCCGACUGCGACAGUUGCAACGAUGGUUACUACGGCUAUCCAAAUUGCGUACCCUGCCAGUGUCUCCUCAAAGGAACGGACGGAGAUUAUUGCGAGGCGAUAGACGGCUCCUGCCCUUGCAAGCCUAAUUAUGCCGGCCACUAUUGCAAUCUCUGCGCGGAAGGCUACUACAACUUCCCCGAAUGUUUGCCUUGCAGAUGCAAUCCUCAGGGUUCUUUCAACGAUAUCUGCGACGUGGUUUCCGGCAACUGUACGUGCAAGAACAAUUACGGCGGCAGAACCUGCGACAUUUGCGAGGACGGUUACUUCAACUAUCCGAUCUGCUCGUAUUGCAAUUGCGAUGCCCGCGGAACCGAGCCUGGGAUUUGCGACAAAUCAGGAGGAGCGUGUCUGUGCAAAGAGGGAUACGGCGGCGCGAGAUGCGAUCAGUGCGUCAGCGGAUAUUACGGUUAUCCGAAUUGUCGACCGUGUAACUGCAGCACGGUGGGAUCGUCCACAGUUAGCUGCGACGUCACAGGGAAAUGCUCCUGCCUCACGAACUUCGCUGGAAAGACUUGCGAUCAGUGCAGUCCUGGAUAUUACAUGUAUCCCGAAUGCACUGCUUGCAACUGCGACAGCCACGGCUCUAUCGGCGCUUCCUGCGACGCGGAGGGUAAGUGUCAGUGUCGGGACAAUUUCGACGGGGCCAUGUGCAACCAGUGCAAGGAGGGCUUCUAUAAUUUCCCUACCUGCGAGGAAUGCAACUGCGACCCAGCAGGCGUUCUCGAGACCUUCCAGGGAUGUGGCUCUUUGCCAGCCGGGGAGCUUUGUCAAUGCAAGGACCGCGUCGAAGGGAGGAUAUGCAAUCAAUGCAAGCCGCUCUAUUGGAACUUGCAACCUUACAAUUCCCAGGGCUGCGAAGAAUGUCACUGCAACAUACCUGGCGUUAUUGGAAAUAUCGGCGAGUGCGACACGAAGAACGGCCAAUGUAUCUGCAAACCCGGAGUAAUGGGUAGAAGUUGCGACGAGUGCGUGGAUGGAACUUACAGUCUUCAAGAGAGCAACUUCUUCGGCUGCACAGAUUGUGCCUGCAACAUCGGUGGAUCCGUGAGUUCCGUCUGCGACAAACAGACGGGCCAGUGUCAGUGUCAACCACGUGUCACCGGUCUCACCUGCAAAGAACCCCUGAAGGCUCACUAUUUCCCGACUCUUCAUCAGUUCCAAUACGAAGCGGAGGAUGGCAGAACGCCAAGCAACAGCCCGGUUCGUUACGGUUUCACCGAGGAACACUUCCCGGGGUACAGUUGGAAGGGGUACGCGGUAUUCUCCACCCUUCAAGACGAAAUCAUCCUGACCGUCUACAUCCAGAAAUCGUCGCUGUACCGAAUGGUUCUGAGAUACGUGAACCCGAACAACGAACCGAUACUAGGCACCAUCACGAUCACUCCCGAAAACCCAUCGGAGGUGGAACAGCAAUUCAAAGUGAACUUUAAACCAACCGUUAAACCUUCGUUCGUGACGGUCGCUGGAGCACACGGUAAUCAUCCUUCGCCUAUGGUGAUGGAUCCGGGCCGUUGGUCCUUCAGCAUCACCACCAAAAAGAGCCUCUUUCUCGAUUAUUUCGUGCUAUUACCAUCAGAGUAUUACGAGGCGUCCAUUUUAACCCAAGACGUUAACAUCCCUUGCGAGGUCGGUUACAAGGGACUUUGCCGUCACUACGGCUAUCCGAAUUUAAUGAGGUUCGACUCCGUCCACGGGGCCGGCGGAUUCCUGAACGAGAACAACGUCAGAAUUCCUCUGACCGAAUACUUCGUCGAGAGGGACAUUCUCAAGGAGAUCGGCAGAGACGAGGUUCCAUUGAUCAACGACAAACAGGAAGAGAUACACUUUGACCUGAGAGUAUCGAAACCGGGUCCACACGUGUUACUCGUCACGUAUAUCACGCCAAAGUACGAGAACGUCACGUCGACGCUCCUCAUAGAGGCGAACACCGUUGGCAAAGGGAAAGCUAUUCUGUACCCUUGCAAGUACACGAGCAUCUGCAGGCAAGUCGUGACCGACACCUACGGCAGGAUCGCUGCCAUGAACUUUCCCUCGAAUUACAUCAGUUUGAUUUUAACCGGGGAACCAGCUUCGAACGUUGCCAUCGAUUCCGUCGUGGCCAUACCGUACUACCAAUGGUCUCUGGACUACGUGAAGCCGAAAUCGAUUUGCGUUAAAAAGGAUGGUACGUGUGUCAAGGGUCAAUUCCCCGGAGCCGCGGACGCGAAGAAAAUCGAGUUCGAGAGCAUCAGCACGGUCCCGGAAUCCGCGGACAAACCUCGCGGUAUCUACGACAACGCUACCAAGCUGAUCUACUUGGACGACAAGAACACGAUGGUCGACGUUCACGCCAAAGUUUUCCAGCCCGGCGACUACACGUUCGUCGUGCAGUAUUAUCAGCCGGACUAUCCGGAAUACGAGCUCGACGUUCUGGUACAGAACGGGAAGUUCUACGAGGCGAAGAUGGCCUUGCCCCAUUGUCCCAGUAACAGCGGAUGUCGUAGCGUCGUGAGGCAAGCAGACGGCAACAUCAGGUUCCAGCUGAUCGAGAACUUCAUGAUCACCUUCAAGGAGAGCGUUGGAAACGGGAUCUGGCUCGAUUACAUCCUCGUGAUCCCCAACGAGCAAUACAACGAGAAGAUCCUGAAAAAGAUUCAGUUCGAUCAGACCAAGGAGUUCAUCAAGAAAUGCGGGUACAAUCAUUUCCACAUAAACAUCACCGAGGAGGGAUUCUGUCGCGACUCGAUCUUCUCGUUGACGGCCAACUACAACAAUCGCGCGUUGCCGUGUAACUGCGACAUCGACGGCACGAUAAGCUUCCAGUGCGAGAAUUUCGGCGGACAGUGCCCGUGCAAGCCUAAUAUCAUAGGAAGACGAUGCGAGAUAUGCAAGACAGGAUUCUACGGGUUCCCGAACUGCAAACCGUGCAAUUGCCCGAGCACAGCUCUCUGCGAACCGGAGACCGGUGCUUGCAUUUGCCCCUCGAGGGUCACCGGGGAACGGUGCAACCAGUGCGAGGUGGAAACGUACGGGUUCCAUCCGAUAAUCGGCUGCGAGGAGUGCAACUGCUCGCCCCUCGGCGUGAUCGACGGCAACAUGCAGUGCGAUCUCCAGGACGGUAGCUGCAAGUGCAAGGAGAACGUGGUCGGCAGACAGUGCGACAAAUGUCAACCCGGUUACUCGCAGUUCCCGCAUUGCGAGAAAUGCGACUGCGACACCAGGGGCACGACCGUCGACAUCUGCGACCAAUACACCGCCGAGUGCUCGUGCAAGGAGAACGUGCAAGGAUCCGCCUGCGACGUGUGCAAAGACGGCACGUUCAACAUACAGGACAACAACGAGAACGGUUGCACCAAGUGUUUCUGUUUCGGGAAGACCACCAGAUGCCUGUCCGCGUAUCUGUACAGGGCUCAGGUGUCCGACAUGAUCGACUGGGGCCUCACCGUAUCGAGGGAGAAGGGCCUGAACCUGACCUAUUUAUCGACGAGCCCGCAAACGAUCAACGGGACGACCGUCGUGACCAGUCUCACCGGCAACGACACUUUGGGAGAGGUCGUUUACUUCUCCGCGCCGGAGACUUACUUGGGGCAGAAGCUAACAUCCUACGGAGGGUAUCUGAAUUACACGGUUCAUUACAGCACGGGGCCGUUCGGUAACGCGGUCAGCGCGGCAGAUUUGAUACUUCAGGGCGACGACACCACGCUGUUCUACUACGCCGACGAGCAACCACCGUCGUUCACGAAUUUCCAGGCGUCCCUGGAGCUGGUCGAGACGAACUUCCUGACCCACAAUCGACUCAGCGCCACCAGAGAACAACUCAUGGUGGUGCUCGAGAACCUCCAAGGCAUGCACAUCCGAGCUACCUAUUGGAAUCCUAGCAUCAGGGCCUCUUUGUCCUACGUGUUUCUGGACGUAACGACGGAGUUUUAUUCGCCCCAAUAUAACGUUCUGGCGAGCAGCGUCGAGCAGUGCCAAUGCCCGCCCAACUAUCAAGGACUUUCCUGCGAGGAAUGCGCGCCUGGAUACUACAGGGUGCAAUCCGGACCCUAUGGAGGAUGCGUUCGUUGCGAGUGCAACGAGCACGCCGACACUUGCGACGUUCAGACCGGGAUAUGCUUGAAUUGCAAGGACGGCACCACCGGGGACCAUUGCGAGUUCUGCCAGAAGGGAUACUACGGGAACGCGACCGGUGGAACACCAACUGACUGUCUGAUCUGCGCUUGUCCCCUUCCCGUACCUUCGAACAACUUCGCGACCGGUUGCGAGGUGAACGAGGAAGGGAACAAGAUCAGCUGCGAUUGUCUUCCGGGUUAUUACGGCGCCCGUUGCCAAUUCUGCGCCUCCGGGCACUACGGGAACCCGGAGAUCUACGAGGACUAUUGCAAACCCUGCGAGUGUUCCGGGAACAUCGACACGAAUCAAGUGGGUUCCUGCGACUCCGUGACCGGGGAAUGUUUGCAUUGCUUGAACAACACGUACGGCGAGGCUUGCAACCUGUGCGCGCCCGGAUUCUACGGCGACGCCAUCCAGAAGAAGGAUUGUCGGAACUGUAUGUGCGAGGAAUGCGGAAUGGAGCACUGCGACAGCUUCUCCGGGAAGUGUUUCUGUCGCGAGAACGUGGUCGGGGACCGAUGCGACAGUUGCGAGGUCGAUCAUUACGGCUACAACAGCUGCGACGGAUGCAAAGCCUGUAGCUGCGAUCUAGCUUCCGAGAGCAGUCAAUGCGACGAGAACACCGGACAAUGCAAGUGCAAGCCAGGGGUCACUGGACGCAGAUGCGACCAGUGCAUUCCAGGAUAUUGGAACUACGGGCCGGAAGGAUGCACCUCGUGCGGAUGCAACACCGGAUACUCCGUCGGGGUGUCCUGCAACACCACCACCGGGCAGUGCACCUGCCUUCCGGGCGUUAUCGGCGAGAAAUGCGACCAUUGUCCGUACAGACACGUCCUGAUUCCGGGGCAGGGAUGUUUCGCCUGCGACUCGUGCACCGGGGACUUGUUGGACGUCACCGAUUACUUGUCGAACCAGUUGGACCCGGUGUUCAAAGAGUACAGCACAGUCGCGGAAAGUUACUUCACUACACAGAGACUCAAGUUCAUCAACGACACGGCGAACGACCUAGAUCCGAAGGUGAAGCUCCUCGAUCCCAGCAGAGUGAACUUCUUGCCCCUCCAGCAAGAAGUGAAGCUGCUGGAGUCGGAGUUCUCGAACCAGAAACGCGAGAUCGACUUCACCGCGGAGGACAGCGUCAAGUGGAAGCUCGCGUCCGAGAACACCCUGAAGGACAUGAAUUACUUGGAGUCGGACGUGAUGAAGGAAAUAGAGUUCGUAAAGACCACCGUCUCCGAAGUGGAGUCGUUGGCGCUGAACAUCGAAUUGGGCACGAGCGCCAAGGUGGACAGCGCGUUGAAAGAGGCCGAGGAGUUCCUGAGAAGGAUCCAGGAAGUGUCGUUCGUAAAUUUCCGCGAUCGCGCGACGGACCAAGUCGACCAGGCCAAUAUCCUCGUGUCGAAGAUGUUCGAGUACAAUAUGCCCGUCAGCGAGUUGUUCACCAUAGCGAACGAUCUGAGCAAGAAGAUUAAACACGUGACCGGGAAGAUGGACGACUUUCUGAACAUCACUUGGAACGUUCAGGAACUGGCCAACAUGGUCGACAAGCUGAACCAAGAGAAUAGAAUCGCGGCUGAGACCGGUAAUUUCGACGUGGUGAAGAACGCAACCGCUGAGGCGAACGAGGACUUGAUCGCUGGCAAGGAGCUCAACAGAAACGCCACCGAGUGUAUAGAGAUCGCGACACGCAAUAUGGAGAUGCUGAUUAGGGACGCGGCGGACGAUUCUAUGGAGACAUUGAACACGACGAUUCUGCGGAACGACAAACUGCUGAUGGACCUGUUGGAUCCGUCUCAGAUGGCGCGCGAGAAUGCAGAGUAUCUCUACAACCGAUCCUUGGACCUGGAUAGUCUGUUGACCGACACGAGGAACACGGACGCUGUUAAAGCUGUUUCCGCGUAUAGAAACAUCUGGACGGCUAUUGAGAAUGCACGCGAAGCAGCUCUGGACGCCACGGAUGCUGCCAAUAAUGCCACCAGUUUGUCAGACGGGAUGGAGAAAAGGAUGUGGGAUUCGCGAAACGAGUCGCUGGAUUUGUUGAGAUCGGCCGAGGAGACCUUGAGGAAGACUGGACAACCGAAAUAUGACUUGGAGAACGCUCAAAUGGACGCCACCUCAAUUUUUUCUGAGAACAAGCGCAACAAAGAGCUCCUAGACAACAUCGAGAAGGUUCUUACCGGCUUUCCGUCGCCCUCCUCGAUGGUCGCUCAGGAUGCCAUGAACCUGGCCAUUCAAGUCGAGCAUAACAUCAACGCGUCCAUCAAUAGCAUGAACCGCGACGUUGGUAAGAUACCAAAAGACCUCAAGAAGACCAAGCAACUCUCCAAGGAUAUCUCGGAAUCGAUACGCGACGUGUCUCAAGCGAAGAAACAGCUCGAUAUCAUAGUCGACACGUAUCUUCCGCAAAUUACUAAACUGUUGGACGAUUUGAGCGACAACCAAAAGGUGAUCGACACGCGAGGAAAGAAUCUGCAGGGCAAGAUCAAAGCGUUGAAGAACAAGAUCGCGAACGCUAGAGAAUUGGCGGACCGCAUUAAAUUUGGUCUGACGUUCUACAGAAACACCACGCUCGAAUUGAAAAAUCCUGAAAGUCUACCUCUGCUGGCUACGUCCACCAAAGUCUCCCUUUACUUCAGAACGAACAACACCAAUGGUUUCCUGUUGUAUCUCGGCAACGAGGAGAACACGAAAGUGCCACGGUCAAAGACGCACGAUUUCAUGGCCCUUUUGAUCGAGAGCGGGUAUCCGGUAUUGAUCAUGGACCUGGGAUCCGGCCCAGAGAAAAUCAUCAACAACAAGUUCGUAUCGGACAACGUCUGGCGGCAGAUAAUCGUCGACAGAACGGGUAAAAACGUGAAACUGAUUGUCCGCGAGGACAUCGGCGAGGGGAAACAUCGAUUAUAUGAAAAGGGACACGCGUUACCGGGCUCGUACUCGAUAUUCAACGUGGACCAAGAACACUCGAAGUUAUUCGUCGGCGGUUAUCCCUCGUCCUUCAACAUGCAAAACGCGGUUACGGCAUCCUCGUUCGAGGGCGAGAUGGAGGAGCUCGUGAUAGGCGAGAUACCCGUAUCAUUCUGGAAUUUUGUGGACGGAGAGAACAACCAGAAGGCCGCGAUCGAGAGGGACAAAUUGAUCAACUUCCAACCGAGCACCGGGUACAGAUUCGACAGACACGGAUACGCGAUCCUGAGCAAGAGGAACUUCCAGAUAUCGCCGGACAACAGAAAGUUCAGCAUCAAACUGAAUUUCAAAACGUUCGCGGAGAACGGGCUGAUAUAUUUGAUGGGAAAGGGUAAACAGUUCCUGUCCAUGGAGAUGAGAGCCGGUCAUGUACUAUACCAGUACGAUCUUGGCGACGGAGAGACCAGUCUAAGAUCGUUGAACAAAUACAACGACGGAAACUGGCACAACCUGGAGGCUCUUAGAUUCGAGAGAAUGGGCGUUCUCAAGGUCGACGGUUUCGACAUAAUGAAGAACGAGGCGAUAGGAAACAGCAAAACUUUGGUGUCCUCCGAUCAUAUCUACUUUGGUGGCUAUCCACCGAAUGCCAAGCAUCCUUACGAUCCUGUGACCAACGAGGGUUUCGAGGGCUGCAUCGACGAAGUGGUCAUCUUAGAAACGGUGAUCGACUUGACGCGCAACGUUCAAGCGUUCGGAGUUAUUCCUGGCUGUCCAGCGAGGUUCGCCAGUCUGGUGUCUUUCGAAGAGUACACGUCCGGUUACGUAAAAUGGCCCAACAUUUCUGUACCGGACACCCUACAAGUAAACCUCAAGUUCAAGACUCUGGCGAACGACGGUUUGAUCUUCUACAUAACCGAUCAAAGUACAGGCGCGGUUAGCUUCCUGUCGCUGGUGGACGGUAUUCUGGUCUUUAAUAGCCAGGGCAAGGAAUUGAGGACGAGUUUGUCGGGGAUCAAGUUCAACGACAACGAGUGGCACGUGGUCACAGCCACCCACUCGUUGGACUCUUUGAAACUCGACAUCGACGACACGAAGAACUACAACACCGACUUCGAACCGCCCCCGUUGCUCGUACCUUACGGCAGCAUGUACAUCGGUGGACUGCCAAUUACCUUCGGUAUUCCUCAAACCGGUUCAAUGAUUCCGUUUGUCGGUUGCAUCGGGGAUGCAACGCUCAACGGCGCCAUUAUUAAUUUCGCGAACACGACCGAACGACCCAACGCUUUCUUAGGAAAGUGCAAAGGUGGCGAUCCAUCGUCUAUACCGUCGAUAACCGAACCGGAACCAGAUGUGUUACCCCCUUUGUUGCCUACGGAAAGUCUAGACGAUAAUCUUGAAAUAUCUACACAGAUCAAUGUAGUCGACGUUGAUUUGGAGAACGAAACAGACGAAGAGGAACCUAAUCUAGAGGGACGUGGUCACUAUCACGAUGAACAAACUACAACCGCCGAACCCACAACCUUGACCCAAAGACCGACACCGAUAUACGUGGAUCAAUGCCGGUUGCCUUACUACCCAGCGGUUGAUCCUGAUUUGUACAAUGCCUGGAGAUUCGGCACUGCAAGAAAUAGCAGGUUGGAGUACAGAUCUCUGAACGGGAGAUACAAGAACGACUACGAUUUCCAAAUUGACGUUAAAACCAUGGCCGAAGAAGGAAUUAUAUUUUUCACCUUGAAUACUAACGAUCAGAGUUUAAUCGCCGUGUACGUCAGCAGUGGAAGGAUUCAUUACAAAUUCGACUGUGGAAGCGGGCCCGCUUUGCUGAUCAGCGAGAAAAAAAUAAACGACAACCGAUGGCACAUAGUCAUAUUCAAGAGAAAAGGUAACAUGGGCGAACUGAUCGUCGACGAAGACCCACUGGUUACCGGAUAUUCCGAAGGCGACAGGACAACCAUGAACGCGAGCCCGCCGUUCUAUGUGGGAGGAGUGUUGAGAGACGUAUCCGGCAAAGUGUAUAACAUGACUGGAACGGACCAAACAUUCAACGGAUGCCUAGGAAACUUUAUGGUAAAUGGUCAACCGGUCGGUGAACCGAUAAACAAUGUAGGCGUGAUUCCAUGUUCACAACGGGUCGAACCAGGAUUAUUCUUCUACCCGGGCAACGGUAGCAAUUUGUUCAAAGCACUGGAUAAAUUCACGGUCGACAGAACGGUUGACAUUCAAAUGGAUAUUAAGCCACGUUCCACUUCCGGUCACUUGUUGUCUGUUCAUGGAAGGCGAGAUUACAUAGUAUUGGAAAUGAUUAACGGAACCGUGAAGUUUCUGGUGAAAACAGCAAAGGGUUCGAUAGAGACUUCCUUCGAACCCACGAACCCAAGUUCCCUGUGCGAUGGCAACUGGCACAAUAUUCGAGCUGUCAAGCAGAAGAAUUCUGUAAUCUUGUCGGUGGACCACAAAGCAGCCCCGCCAGGAAUCGGUGGCAAAAAUGUGGCCAGAGUUCAGUCGAAGCAUCCUAUCUUCAUCGGUGGUCACCUGAUGCUUGGAAAGAGGCUACGAGGAAGCACCUCGCAAGCACAAUACGUUGGAUGUAUCACAAACAUUCACAUCAAUAUGAUACCUAUACGCCUGGAUCCAGAACGUGCUUAUGGGCAAGUUACUGUUGGCGUAUGUCCGACGAUAUAAGUAAUUCAAAGAUCUAUAACUUAAAAGUGCGCUUUAAAAAAAAUUAACGUAGCAUUGCAAUUUUUUUUAGUAAAUAAAUUUUAAAUCUUUUUAAAUAUUCGAAUGAUACGAACUAAUUAUUAUACAACAGGG